AUGCGGGUGUUACUCCUCCUUCUCGUCGGUGUUUUUGCGACACUGACCUCCGCCUGCACGUUCCCUUUCAACGACAAUCGUCUCACCAACAGCUCGUUGGUCGAAGACCGUGUCGCUGAACUACAAGCAAGCGGGCAGCUAGGUGGUGACGGAGGCAAGGGUUGGAUGACCAUCAUCGGCGGCGGAGCCACGCCCAACAAGGCCGUCUGGCCUAACGAUCUCAAGAACGUUAAUCUGGUGUACAUCCACUACUGCUUCGCAACACGUAGGGACUAUCAUGAGCUUCAUCAGAUCGGAUACGCCGCUGAAAAAUACGACAACCGUCCUGGUCGCCACAGUCUCCAGAUCGCCUACGAUUCAUCCGGAUGGAACAAUUGGGCCUGGGAAGUAGUCCACGAGAUGGGACAUGUUAUUGGCUUAGAGCAUGAGCAUCAGCGAGCUGAUAGGGACCAGUUUGUCCACUUCGACUGCACGAAGCUCAUCGGUUACUGGGAGGCCAAGAAAAAGGUUGAGAGCGAGCCCCGGUGGAGGGGUUUCACGAUCGACGAAGUAUGUAAGUCGCAAUAUCUGGGUACCACCAGGGACCUCAACUGGGGGGUACCUCAUGAGUAUUCGUUGGACAUGGGCCAAAACGAGGACCGUCACGACUAUGUUCCAACCAAGGGUUUUCAGUACGACCACGACUCCAUCAUGCAAUACUAUUCUGCUUCGGCCGCUGGAUAUCCAAACGGCGCCGUCCAAGAUAUGCCUCUUGUGCGCUGGAAGAACGGACGUCCUAGUGACGGCUCAGGACCUGAUUCGUCGAACGCGCAGAGGAUUCCACGUCCUACUAAGAUCUCGGAUCUAGACAAGGCUGCCAUCCAGUUUCUGUACCCGUGA